AUGGCAUCCAACCGGGUCUCUUCAGCGCCGCACAACGUCGAACAAAUCACCCGUCUGGCUCAGGACUACGAAUACAAUCCUAACAUACCGCUUAAAUACUGGUUAAGGACCGCGAAUUCUUUAGUCAAGGAGGCCGAAAUAUACGAACGUGAGGGUCACGACGAACAAGCUUAUUUACUACUCUUUCGAAAUGCGCAACUAGUCCUUGUAAACCUAGUCAACCAUCCCGAUGCGAAAGACCCGAGCAAUCGUCAAGGGCUUAUCACUGCAGAAAAGCAGGUCAGGAUCAACAUCAAGAAGCUCGAAGGCUUGAAACCGCAGAUAAACAAACGCUAUGAACGAUAUCAGCAGUUGUUACAGAGCCGCGAGGCACGGAAAACUCAGGGUUCUCAACUACGGCAUGAUCCUCCGGCCUCUCGUUAUCCACCCAUCUCCGAUCCGGCGCUGUCCGGUACAGCACAACCCUUGGAAGCAGCAGAAAACAGAGAGCUUGCGGUGCAGAUUGCUCAUAGGGAGAUAAACCGUCGAGAAACCGUCAAAAGAGCUAGGGCGACAGGUAUAAGUCAAGAUGAAGAACGCACUCGCAGGACCGGGGGCAUGUGGGGAGACUGGGAGCAAGCUCUAGGUGAAGAGAAAAGUAGCACUACGGAUGAUUUGGCUCGGCGCAUUCAGGAAGUUCGGUCGCGCAUGGAAGAGCCACAACAGAGACACGAUCAGCCUCGACCCGAACGAGUGGAAGCGUCCCCGGCAUACAGAUAUCCCACUGUGCCUAAACAAAAACAAUUCAUUGCAUACCAACAAAGCGUGCCAGAACGGGCAUUCAGUCAGGUAGAGCCAGUGAAGGCUCCUGCGCCGCCUCCGAAAGAAUACAAAGAGAAUCACUAUUCGAUAGAAGAGCCCCCUCCGCGUCCGAGCAAGCUAUCGUCUACAGGCCCGCCUUUACCAUCAAAAGAAACGGCCGUCGCCCCGAAACCACAAGCAGAUCCCUCAGACCUCAACCCGUCGACAUUCACAUUCAAACCAUCAGCAUAUCUUGAAAAUGGAACUCCUCUCAGGACGUUGUUUCUACCCCCUAAUCUCCGCCACGAAUUCCUACGACUCGCAGAUUCAAAUACUCGGCGCAACCUUGAGACAUGCGGUAUUCUGUGCGGUACACUGAUUUCGAAUGCCUUAUUUGUAUCUAAAUUGCUCAUCCCUGAGCAAGAAUCGACAUCCGACACCUGUGAAACGGUCAAUGAAUCGGCCAUUUUUGACUUUUGUGAUUCCGAAGAUCUCAUGGUGCUCGGCUGGAUUCAUACACAUCCGACGCAGACAUGCUUCAUGAGCUCCAGGGAUCUUCACACGCAUUGCGGCUAUCAAGCCAUGCUACCGGAGAGUAUUGCAAUAGUCUGUGCUCCAUCGAAAGAUCCGGACUGGGGAGUAUUCCGACUUACUGAUCCUCCUGGCUUGAAGUCCGUACUUGGCUGCACUCAAAAAGGACUCUUUCAUCCUCACGCUGAGACGAAUUUGUACACGGAUGCGCUUCGACCGGGACAUGUUUUUGAAGCCAAGGGGUUGGAAUUUGAGACUGUCGAUCUUCGACCGGGCAUUUAA